AUGCCUCGUAGCUCAAAAUGCCAAUAUAUCAGGCUUGAAGUCAUUAGUGGCAAAAAUCUCAAAGUCCCUUCUGAGCACAUUCCCACAGGGGUUUACAUAUCCCUCAAUGCCAACCCAAAGAGACCCUGGAAAUCAACCAUUGGAGUUCUAUCAUCAGAUGGAUCUACAGCAUGGGGUGAGACCGUGACCCUAUCAUUACACAAGUCACCCAAAUUAUUGGUGGAGAUCAGGGCCUUCUUUGAGCUCAAUCAGAUGCUGGGCAACAGAGAAGUUGUUGGAACACUUGAAAUGUCAUGGGAUGCACUGCUCAAUCAUGGGAAUGAACCUUUUGACAUCUCCUUCCCGUCCGUUCAUGGUGCUCACCCUUCCCUCACAAUAAAGGUCAUGGUUCAACAUAACUGUGACAAUCAGGACAGUGCAUGGCUAGACAUGAGUGACAUCAGCCUCUGUUGCUAGUUUUGUUGAUGGAACACUGUUAAGGUUGUACUCAAAGGGUAACUGGAU